AUGGAUACUCUCAAAGUACAGAUUACCAAUAUAGACUGGUCGCUUGUCCGCUCGGGCACACUCGACAACACCAGGUUCAGUCGCUGUCCUGUGAUUCGAAUAUUUGGCAUCUCCUCAACAGGCAAAAAGGCUUGUGUACACAUACACCAGGUCUAUCCCUAUUUUUACGUUCCAUAUGACGGAUCUAUGGCUCCCGAAGAAGUUGGGCGCUACAUUCGCUCACUCACCCAGGCGCUGAAUCGUGCGAUUGCAAUCUCCUUGAAGCGGAACCCACUAGACGCAAAAUAUGUGCGCGCUGUCAUUCUCGUCAAGGGGGUCCAUUUCUAUGGCUUCCAUUGUUCAUAUUCACCCUUUCUCAAGGUGAUCAUGGCGGACCCUGGUCUAGUGCAGCGCGCUGCAACCGUCUUGCGAUCUGGAGCGGUCAUGCGACAAAAGAUUCAAACCUACGAAACACACAUAAGCUACUUGAUGCAAUUCAUGUGCGACUUUGGUCUCUAUGGUUGUGGUUCAUUAGAGUUUUCUCGUUAUUACUUGCGUGAAGGAACAGCGGAAUGGACUAACCGAGUUCAAAGCGUUCGCGAGCUUUGGGAUGGUGAACGGGCUCGCAGAUCCGCCAACGGCUUGAAUCCGACCCCCGAGAUCCCUCAAGAAGGCAGUGCCAGCCAACGUGGGGUCGGAGGUCAAUGGGAACAAGAACCCCUGUUCUGGGAACAACUCAGGACUCGUAUGAAUACCCCCAAGGCCGAGGUCAAUGCUCCUCAGGGGUGGGAGAAAUGGGUUAUGACCGCAUUUGAGAGCGUCGAGGCGCUUUGGGAGGAAGGCUGGAAAACUUGGAUGCCUCAAGUCUUUGACCGUACGUCUGAACUCGGCGAGAAUCCAAAACGCUCUGUGCAACACGCGAGCGAACUUAACCCGUUUAGUUCGACUCAGGGGGAACAAAACCAGGAGCUGCAAACGACGCAUGUAUCCAGCCCAGAUGAUGUUGACGAAGAUAUUGCUGCUGGGCAAGCAUUGCAAAGACUCGUGAUUGCCGCUGAGGAUGCCGAGGAUUGGCACGAUGAUGAUGAACAGUGGGACGACGAUCUGCUAUAUGAUGAGGAACCGAAGGAAAUAGCUACUCAAGUAGUGAAUAGAGAGAUCAGCGUCCCAGCCACCCCAACGAAGCAACGCUUCCGCACAGCAACGCCCGCGUCCGCUUCUCGUCAGGACAGUCCGUCGAUCUCACUCGAUCGUGUCGGGAGUGGAAGUCGUUCGUAUAUAUCACCAGCUACGACACCCACUAAAAAAAUAACCAUAAAUGACUCUCCCUCCAAAUUCGAUCGCAUGCUUGAAGAUCUUGAAAAGGCGCCCGUACGAAUACCCGUACGAGCACGAAGUGCAUCCGUAGUAAACGCCACACCCGGGAGUCACCUGGCUGCAAAGAGGGCCAAGUCAACGAUACCCGUGGUCGAGCAGGGUAAUCCAUUUUUAGACGCCAAUGUCCCAUACCCUGUGCAAGGCACGAUCACGCGUACAGACGAUGGGACAUCUCCAAUUGCAAAACACAAAAGUUACACGUUGGGUGACCUUGAGGAGCAACUGAUCAGCAUCACGUACCGAGCUCCUCAGGCUCCAGUAGCUCGGGCCCAGUUUGGUCGAGUCUCUAGCGAUUAUGGACUUCCGUCAAAGAUUUAUCGAGCACCUUAUUACUCUAACGAGGACGACCUUCCUGAACGACCUAUGCGCUACGCUGGGCGGGUUUAUCACAUCAGAGGUGGCACUGGGGUUGGGUCACUAGAGCACUGGCAAUCAAACUCGGCUCCACCCCAAGUCCUCAGGAAUGUACCCGACAUUACUGGUUGGGAAUACGCAGGAGUUCCUCCAAGUUCGAAAGUAGUGAAAAAAUGGCUUGAUAGUACCCCAAUGCAAGACACAAGAAAGGCUCCCGAUCUAUGGAGGUCACAGAUCGAAGGGCCUACCCAAAAUACCCACGGGUUUAAAAUAACCCAAAAGAAAACCGAGAACUCUGGCGCUCGACAGAGGCAAACAAUUUCGGCUAUGUCCGUUGAGAUCUUCGCCUGUUCACGAGGAGAUUUGCUUGCGAAUCCUGCCGAGGACGAGAUCGCCUGUCUCUUCUACUCGUACUCUGAGUCGGGCGGAGACGCCGAGGAUAGGGCCGACUAUAACAGCGGCUGUAUCAUUGUAUGUUCCGACCAACCGCAUUCGGUCGAUCCGCGCUGGAUUCCUGAGUACAAAAUUGAAGUGGUUUCCAGCGAGCUCGAUCUAUUGAAUACGCUUAUCGAUUUAGUACGAGAGUUUGACCCGGAUAUUUUAGCAGGUUGGCAAGUGCAGACAGCGUCCUGGGGAUACCUCAAUACGCGUUGUCAUUCUAUAGGCUUGGGUCUAUCGGAGGAAAUUGGCCGUGUAUCUUCCGAUCAUGGUCACAAGCCAGGCUCGGAGCAAUGGGACGAACGACAUGGGGCGAACUUCAAUGUCGUUGGACGACACAUUUUGAAUGUGUGGCGAAUUAUGCGAUCUGAGCAAUCGCUCGACCAAUACACUUACGAGAACGUCAUGUUUCACCUUAUGCAUAAGAGGGCGCCAAAGUAUGCACCAAAGACACUUACACAAUGGUUCAAGUCGGGUGUUCCUUUCCGUGUAGUACGAGUAUUAAAAUACUGGGCUGAGCGAACGGCAGCUAUUCUUGAUUUGCUCGAUCAUACGGAACUAAUUCUCAGGACGGCAGAAUCUGCGCGGAUUAUUGGUGUUGACUUUAUGUCGGUUCUCACUCGGGGCUCCCAAUUCAAAGUCGAAUCGAUCAUGUUCAAAAUCGCUAAACAAGAGAACUACGUGCUAAUAUCACCCUCCAAAGAACAGGUUGGCUCCCAAAAUGCAUGUGAAUGCCUUCCGUUGGUAAUGGAACCUGAAUCUGCCUUCUAUAAUCCAUUGGUGGUGCUGGACUUCCAGUCUCUUUACCCAUCGAUUAUGAUUGCGUACAAUUAUUGUUACUCAACUUUUCUUGGUCGGUGUGCUUUGUUCCAGGGGAGGAACAAAUUUGGGGUAACCGAACUCAAUCUUCCCCCCGGUUUAUUGGAGACCAUUGGAGAAGAAAACAUACAUGUGGCGGCUAACGGGAUGGCAUAUGUCAAACGCAACGUGCGCGAGGGGUUACUGGGAAGGAUGUUAAUGGAGUUAUUGAAUACUCGCAUUAUGGUUAAGCAGGCAAUGAAAAGUGCGAAAGGAGAUAGGGGGUUGUAUAAAAUCCUUAAUGCGCGCCAACUCAGCCUAAAGCUAAUGUGCAACGUCACCUUUGGAUACACAAUGGCUGGCUUCAGUGGCCGAAUGCCAGCAGCUGAGAUUGCGGAUAGUAUUGUACAAAGUGGCAGAGAAACACUUGAGAAGGCAAUCGCGCUCAUUGAAACAACCCCCAAAUGGGGAGCCCGAGUAGUCUAUGGGGACACCGAUUCCUUGUUCAUCUACCUUCCGGGAAGAACAAAAGAUGAAGCUUUUAGGAUUGGUCACGAAAUAGCAAAUACUGUGACUGAAAGCAACCCACCGCCCAUCAAGCUCAAGUUCGAGAAGGUUUACUACCCAUGCGUGCUGAUGACCAAGAAGCGAUACGUUGGGUUCAAAUACGAAACACCAGAUGACAACGAACCAGAGUUUGAUGCCAAAGGAAUCGAAACAGUGAGAAGGGAUGGGAUACCUGCUGGCCAAAAAAUGGUUGAAAGGUGUUUAAAAAUUUUGUUCCGUACGCAAGACUUUAGUGAAGUAAAAAAGUAUUGCGUCGAGUCCUGGACAAAGAUACUUAAAGGUCAAGUCACACCCCAAGACUUCAUUUUCGCAAAAGAAGUGAGGUUGGGUACUUACAGUGAAAAGGCCCCUCCGCCUCCCGGGGCAAUAGUUGCUGCAAAGAAACUUGCCCUCGACCCCAUGGCCGAGCCUCAGUAUGGAGAACGUGUUCCAUAUGUUAUUAUUCGCGGUGAACCAGGGUCUAGGCUAAUUGACCGCGCAGUCCCGCCUGAGGAGCUUUUGAAGGAUAGGAGCAAAAACAUAGAUGAAAACUACUAUAUAACUCACUCGCUAAUACCUCCCUUAGAACGAAUCUUCAAUCUGGUCGGGGCGAAUGUCCGGCAAUGGUUCGAAGAAAUGCCUAAGCCUGCGCGGUUAGACCCGAUCGCUACCAUCGGAAGCUCAGAAGAGUCUGAAAAUAAUGGCAGGUACAAUAUAGAUGGUCAUUUUAGGAGGCUGGAAUGCGUCGUGUGUAAACAACCCAACGAUACCAACGUAUGCGACGACUGUCUCGAUGACCCAUUACUCUCUGGAAAAACACUUCUGGAAAAGGUUCGUAGGAUAGAACGUAGGAUCAGGGGAGCGCAACUAGUAUGUGCGACGUGUACCGGAUCGCCAGCGUCGGAAACAAUUAUGUGCGAGUCUUUGGAAUGUCCCUGGAUGUAUGCUCGUAUCAAGAGUGCCCAAAAACUGGACAGCAUCAAGCAAAUUCAAGCACUUGUAACGCAGUUUCCCACUCUCAUGAUUCAAGCCAAUGAAGAUUACCAUUUUAGUACCCAUCGAGAUUAA